AAGGUGAGUCACAUGACCGUGUCCCCAACCGAAGCCAGUAAAUAUCAGGCUAGCUAGCAGUCUGUUAGCUACUCCCAGUUCCAGUAGACCAGACCAUGUUUUUUCAGCUGUCAUCUGCCAGUUGUCAGUCCAGCGUGUGUAGCCUGUUCGGUGGUGCUUUUCGUUAAGCGAUGACCUCCCAGUAAGAGAGACUCCGUCCUUUAAAAAAAAUCAGCUCUGUAGACUUGGCUGGCUUUACAGGUUAGCUUAGCGCUAGCAAGCUGCGUCCAGAGGAGGUGUCGUUGCUAGUGACUAUGCAAGGAGAAACCACGACGAUCCGAAUCACGGAAAACGAAGGCAAGCUGGAUGUAUAUCCCCAGAACAGGACCCCGAGCUCGGGGAGAGCGAGUGCCAAAAGCUGGCAGUACAGCGAUCACAUGGAGAAUAUUGAUGGCUACCUGAUGAAAUAUACCAACCUGGUGACAGGCUGGCAGUACAGGUUCUUUGUCUUGAACAACGAGGCGGGCCUGCUUGAGUAUUUUGUCAAUGAGCAGUCACGGCCACAGAAGCCCCGUGGCAUGCUCCCUUUGGCGGGGGCCGUCAUUUCCCCGAGUGAUGAGGACUCGCAUACCUUCACUGUCAAUGCCAUCAGUGGGGAGCAGUACAAGCUCAGGGCCUCUGAUGCCAAAGAGAGGCAGCACUGGGUCAGCAGGCUACAGAUCUGCACGCAGCACCACACAGAGGCCAUGGGGAAGAGUCAGCCUCCGUCAAAGUCCCGGAGUUACUCCACGGCGUCUCAGGGCAGCGGCAGCUCCCCGAUGUCCAUGCGCCGGCACAGCCAAAACCCCGCCUCUUUGUUUGGCUGGUCGCAGGUCAGAGGCUCGUCGGCCUACUCCAGUAAGCGGUCCCUGCUGCCCGACCACCUGAUGGACGCAAGAGAGAUGAUGAGCCAAGCCCAGGGUCAGCACAAAGACCUGAUCCAGGGCAUUGAGGGCCUGCCUGCGACUCCUGGCCUUUCCCCCCUGGACCAGGACCUGCUGAUGCUCAAGGCCACUUCCAUGGCCACCAUGAACUGCCUCAAUGAGUGCCUGCACAUCCUCCACCUGCAGCAGGUGGCCCGACAGAGAAGCUCCUUAGGAGGACCCACCAUUGAGUGGCUGGAGCCCAAACUGCCCGACAUCCUGAAGAAUGGCAGCAGCUCUCUGGGCAGCUUCGCGACAGGUGAGGGCCCGCUGGAGGGGAACCGCUUGGAGCUCAGCAGCCCCGAGUCCUGCAACUUCUCCGGGGAACAGGAAGACAUAGAUGCAGAGGAUGAAUUGGAGGACUCCUUUACGGACAAGGAGGAGGACCUGGGUGCCGUGGAGGAGGAACGGAGCGUCAUUCUACACCUGCUGUCGCAGCUGAAGCUGGGGAUGGACCUCACGCGGGUGGUCCUCCCCACCUUCAUUCUCGAGAAGCGCUCUCUGCUGGAGAUGUACGCAGACUUCAUGUCCCAUCCGGAUCUCUUUGUGACCAUCACAGAUGGCAGCAGUCCGGAGGACCGCAUGGUCCGGUUUGUGGAGUACUACCUCACCUCUUUCCACGAGGGCCGCAAAGGCGCCAUUGCCAAAAAACCCUACAACCCCAUCAUUGGCGAGACCUUCCACUGCUCCUGGAAGGUGCCCAAGAGACCAGACGCCUCCAAGGAGCCUUCACAGGGAAGCCCCGACCCCACUGCUUCCAGCCAGGACUCCUACCAAGUGCGCUUUGUGGCGGAGCAGGUUUCCCAUCAUCCCCCUGUGUCUGGUUUCUACGCCGAAUGCCAGGAGAGGCGGAUGUGUGUGAACACACAUGUGUGGACCAAGAGCAAGUUCAUGGGCAUGUCCAUUGGGGUAUCGAUGGUGGGGGAAGGUUGUCUGUAUUUGCUGGAGCACGAUGAGGAGUACACCUUCACGCUGCCCUGCGCCUAUGCUCGCUCCAUCCUCACCGUUCCCUGGGUGGAACUUGGCGGCAAAGUCACCAUCAACUGCGCCAAGUCGGGUUACUCGGCAGUCAUUACUUUCCAGACUAAACCCUUUUAUGGAGGCAAAUUACACAAGGUAACAGCAGAGGUGAAGCACAACUCCACCAAUGCAGUGGUGUGCCGCGUACAGGGCGAGUGGAACGGCGUCUUGGAGUUCAGCUUCACUAACGGAGAGAUGAGGGUGGUCGACGUCACCAGGCUGCCUGUGACGAAGAAGCACGUGCGGCCAGUAGAGAAGCAAGGACCGACUGAAUCCAGGCGCCUGUGGCAGCACGUGACCGAGGCUUUACGGCAGAAAGACGUCGAGAAAGCCACUGAGCAUAAGACAGUCCUCGAGGAGAGGCAGCGGACAGAAGAGAGGCACCGUGUCGAGACAGAAACCCCCUGGAGGACCCGAUACUUUGACCGAGAGGGUGAAGGUUGGGUUUAUCACAAGCCACUUUGGAAAAACUCUACAUUCAAAUCCUAGUUUCUUCAGCCCCCUCCUAUCUUGGAUGUUGAUAUUGUAGAUUCAGGAGUGUGUGUGUGUGUGUGUGUUUGUGAGUGUGCCGGAGUGUGUCUGCGUGCACACACGCAUGUGGCCGUUGGUUAUGAAAUGACAAGCAUGACCUGCACUGACGUACAGACGAAUGCAACGCUGAGGGGGGAGAAGGACCGAGACGGCAUGGCCGAAGGUGUUCUCGAAUCUCUCACAUGAUGUUCAGGAAGAGUACAAGUUUUUGUACUGCAGAUUAGUUUUUUUUGUUUUUUUUAAUAAUCUAAUGUCAAUGAAAACAUAUUCUUGUACAGGUAAUGGUACUCUAUUUACACAGCCUUAAGAUGAUCUGAUGAAUGAUACUCUGUUUGGACUCGGAUGAUCUGCCUGGAUAUGGUUUCUUCUUCCUCUCCUCUUUUUAAACUGUGGUCUCACCUGAGGAUAAAGGGACUUUUGGUGAAUAUCUUCUUUAAAUAGGAAAGAAAAUCCCCAAGUAACUGGAGAAUACAUCUCAUAAAGCUGAAUCUGUGUAUUUGAGCUGAUAAAACAGAAGUCAUUCCCUCUGUCACUGGAUGUAUUUACUUACUCGUGGUGUUUUGAUCUGAGCAGUACAGAAACAUUUAGUGGAUGCCUCCCAGAGUAAUUAUUAAACGGGGCAAUUUCCCAGAGUAUAUACAUAAAAUAGCACAUUGAGCAGUGCUUACAGAAAUUUACGUACUUUAAAAUGACAGAUUUAAAGAAAAGUACUAAAAAUUAAAAAAAUAACUGCAUCUGAAUACUGAACACUGAAUUCACUCACUGUUUACUGUAGACUGCACUGCGUUUAAUGUGUUUACUCUCAUUUUAUACAUUUAGUUAUCUUGUCACUCUGAAGGAAAGGCCCCAGUCAUAUAGGCCUAGAGACAGGUUGGCAACCUGAUGGCAACCACCAGUUGGUAGGUGGUGCUGGCAGUUGCAAAGAAGGUGCACUAGAACUGCUUUAGUUUCUAGCAUGUUGCUUAUAGUUUGCUUGGAAGACACCAACUUGUCUGCAAACACUUUGCAAUGGCUCUCUGAGCAGUAGUGAAACUAUGAAGAGUGCAAAACAAGCCUGCAAUAGAGACCGCUCACCCUCAAGGUGGAAGUUGAGUCCUUUAAAACAUGUUUUCAGUAAUAAGGCGUACUUUUACUUUGAAUUUGAACGGUGUCUAUUUCCGGUUUGCAUCACAUUCUCAAUUCGUAGUUUCACUCCUGCUCAGAGAGUAGUUGGGAGACUGUUUGGAUAACACCCAAGGUUUCUUUGCGCCAACUACUCACGACCUUUCACCGAAGCAAUAACAAAGAGGUUAUUGGUGCAGCACCCUAUAUCGCUUUGCGAUCAGUUUUACCUUUCAACUGCUGGGAACCACUCCCCAAGCAGUUUGGAAAUAUGCCCCCCUCCCCCAGUGACGAGAGGUUGCCUGGGGUUUCCAGGUGUGCGUAAGAAGUCUAAGAUGACCUUGGUGGCAUCACUAUGACUCUAUUAGGGUUUUGUUUUUUUUGUUUUUUUAAAUCAUAAAAUUUAGUUAAAGCUCCCCUUUAAGCUGUAAGCAGAUCUAUCUUAGGGUUUGGUGAUGGGUAAAAUUCUCCAACAGUUCCAAAUAGUUACCGUGUCCAGUAGUGGGUGCUGUGUUUGUGCAACCUUUGCUCAGUAAUGCAUUGUGCCACGAGGUUUCCUUAACAUCAACCGUACAUUUCCAGAGGGGUGUACAACAAAGCAAGUUCAACAACCUAAAAACACGUUCACAGAUGAUCUGUUGUACUAAUCAACUUUGUUAACCUUCGAACGUUAUUGGAUUUCAUGACUUAAACAAUCUGAUAUAUUGGUUAGUUUUUCUUGAGAUUUCCCUAAUGUUUGUUAUGUAUGAUUGUUUAUUAGCCGUUACUAAGGGCAUUGCAGUUCAAAAAUAAUCUUGUUUUAUUGUCACAAGUAAUGGAUUACUCUGUUACAGUCUGCUUGGAUCAGUUGGUUAUUGUUUGUGGCUUCCAACACGUUGCCAGCGGGAAGUUGCAGAGUGCCCUCUGGUGGACACAACAUCAACCCCUGGCAAGGCUGAAGGGUGUUUCUCUCAUUUCUUUCUUCCCUACUGUAUCACGGUUUCAUUUUAACAGUUAUUAAUGGCAACAGAUUAGCACAUCGCUGACAUUAGCUAAUAGCUGAGAUGAGCCAAUAGCUAAGAUUAGCGCUGCUCUGAAAAUAACCUGCUCCACACCAGGUUGUUUGGCAUAAGUUGCCAUGGUGAUUUAUCCAGUUUGAAACCCCCCCCCCGCACACACACACCUUUGUGAUGCUGAAGACUUUGACUUUAGGCUAAACUUAGCUUGUUAUCCUUUCAUCUUGCUUCAUAGUACACCCCUCAGGUCUGUACAGCAGAAGGAGGCACCACCUUGUGGCACUAUUCAGCAAUUGCACUUUACAAGCUAAAUAAUUCUCAAGAAGACAGACCACUAAAAGAACAAAACUUGCACAUUGACACUCCCCAUUGUAAGUGCUUAGUAGUGCAUUCGUGAGCAACUAUGAUGCAGAGUUUUAGGUAAGUAGGUCAGACCAAAAAACAGUGUUUUAAAAGAGCUAAAUGAGCACGUAACCAGCCAACAUGUACACUGAAUUUAACGCCAAGUUUAGUCAGUGUACGCCCUUGUUGAUGAUCACUAUAAAUUCCUUUAGAAACACAAAAAGUUUCCUUUCAAAGCUUCAGCUCUCAAUUUAAUGCUGAAUGCUGUUAAUAUUGAUGUGGGUUUUGUUUUUGUUUGUUUUUUUUGACAAGUUCACGUUGCUGGAACAGCAUGUUGUAGACUGAAAAUUAGCAAAUUUUAUUAAAUAAUUAAAUGAUUCAGUCGCAGGUGAAUGCUUCUUAAAAGGACAAAAAAAAAUGCUAUGCCACUCUUCAUGUCUUUUGCCUUUUUUCUUUGUGGUUUUGCAGUGUUUGGAAAAGUCCUGCAGCAUGAUUGCAAACUCACUUAAAUUUCCUAAUGUCUGUUGUGAAAGCUUUUAACCAAAUUUGCUUCUUUUUGUAAUGUAAAUAAAUAUUUUCUUUAAAUGUGUGUCCAUCCCCGAGCUUGCCCUUCUUAUUUCUGGAGUCACUUUGAGUACUUCAUGUUCAAUCAGUGUUUGUUUUCCUCUUUGAUUCCACUCUACCGUGCUGUGACGUAUACAUGAUAUCCUGUAUGUAUCGCCUCCCUGCUAAAGCAACACGUUCUGAGAGCAGAAAGCCACCCUGCCAUUGAUAAGCUACCCCCUUCAAAUCUCGGUGCCUUAUGUAAACUCUUCAUGUGCGUGUGCCGUCCAGCAAGGAGCACGGCACUCAUCACCUACUUAUCUGACCGAUGCAAUGAUGUAUGUAUUGUUAACGUGUGUUUGAUUUUUUUCUUUUUUGUUUCUUUUUUUAAAUCAAUGCUUGACGUCGAGACUUCGACUGAGCACUUUUACUAACGGUUUUGACAUCCUCCUAGUUUUUGGAUUCUGCUGGUUGUCUUGCAGGUCUCUGAAAUGCACUGAAGGAAACCUGGUAUGGGAAAAAAUGGAUGUGUGAGAUAAUCUAAUAAAUGGUGUAUCACUUGUA